AUGCUCAUUGGCAUGCUGUCGAGGUCGCCUGUACACGCACCUUGCUCGCUGGCGUCUACUGCCUCGCUCCACUGUUUCGAUCCCAACUCCUCUUUCUUGGGUGACCGAGAAACUACUACCCUACAGCGGUCUCCGCUCACUCCUGGCAGAUUUCGUGAAGAUAGCAGUAGCCUCUAUCGGACUGCCUCAUCCUCCGUUCUCAGCCGCAGCCCUUCUCUUUCGGUGUCAUCUGCCUGUCUCGGCCCUGCAUCUCCGCGUCGCGGAUAUUUAGUUCCAAACACCGAACUGGACGCUUGUUGGCGAGGCAGUAGUAGUUCACGGCAGUCAAUGCCAUCACCCGACUGGCAAGGUCAAAAUAACCGACAGUCGACAAAUGGACACCCUGACUUCGGGCCUGACCUCUACUCUUUUCUCAAGGAAGCUCAGCUCGAUCACUAUUACAGUGUUUUCAGUAAGCACCUUAAGAUACGAACAGUGCAGCAGAUCAAGUAUGUCACAGACGCCGACCUUGAUGAACUGGGAAUGAGCAAGCCCGAACAACGGCGGCUGAAGCGUUACUUUGAGAAGGAAUGUCCUCAAACAGCCAUGGGAAAACUGAAAAAGCUUCUGGAGACUUUAUCUACCCUUAAGUCAUACGAGGCUGCGUUCACUUUCCCCCAUUUUGAAGUUUUUGUUUAA